AUGCACUUCGAUUUACAGACGUUCAUAAUAUCCAAGUCAUCAAAGUGUAUUCCUCUUUCCAUCGUCUCUAACAAAAGAGGUUCACUAGGAAGGAUCAAAGCACACUUACUUCAAUCUGAGCUGCUGUAUUGGGAUACAAUUUGUUACUUCAAUAGAGAAGUUACACAUACAGAGCACGAUUCAUGCAGGGAAGGGUGGCGCUACGGUGGUUCAGCUAGCUCUGCAUAUUAG